AAUGGCUGUCUUCUGGUUGUUGUGUUCGGGUGUCGGGCUCUGAGCAAUGUUAGUAGUUUUCUCUUAUUUUAUGCGCGAUGCUCGUUGUGCAUUCAGUUUUGCUUGAUCUGUGGUAAGACACUGAGUGUUGAGUUUGUUUUGUUGAAUGUGCUCAGUUCGUAGUUUUUGUGAACCUAGUGCGACCGGCUCGUUCAACUUGCCAUCAUGUUAGGCCUAGGCGCGGUGAAGUGCGCCCGCAAGUGCGAGGUGCGUUUUCCGCAAGAAACCAAACGUGGGCUUGCCUUGCGAACUUGCCGUUAAGGGAAGCGAAAGCGCACUGUAAUUCUCACAUGCUUGACACGCGCAUCCAACUAAGGGUGUUUAUUCCCCACAUGCACCCAGAAAAACAGAUCGCCUCAUCAUCAGUGUACCAGAGCCCAUUUUGUUGGUUCCCCAGUGGAGUGCCUGGAAGUACAGCUCGGACACUCAGGCUUUUUGCUUGGGUGCAGAGUAACAGCAAGGCUGAAGAGGGCAGUGAGGCCAUACUAGGGUUUGAGCACCCUUGAGCAAGUGGAAACAGCAUGGCAUCCGUUGAGCACCAGGAGUUUGCAGUUGGCAGCAGUGAUGCAAGUGACGGUGAAGGCUCUGCUACUGGGAGCUUAGCUGGACCACAAACACCUGAAGAACCAGAGAGUGCACUUGAAGAGGGGGAAGCGGUGGCUGAGAGAAAGAGCGAGGAGGCAGCAGUGCAGGAAGCUGAACCUGUUACUGUUGCACCAAGCCACUCUCCUGGGGGCUGCAAUGAGGGGGUUGUUGAGAGCGAGGAAGAGGGCGCUGUUCAUAGCCCAGAGCCUGCACCACAACUGCACUUAACCGAGGACAUCAGCGAGGAUGCCGUGGAGGCAACCCCGGCUGUGCCCAUGGCAAAAAAGUGCCUCAACAGCCGCUCUAUGGAGCCCCUGGAAGGAGAGCUGGACUUUGAGGAUGAUGCUCCGCCGGAGUCACCUAGCAGCACCUCACUUCUUGACAAAGCGCCAAACAAGGACGGCAAGGAGAGCAAACCAAAAGCAGACAACCUAGAAGAGGGGGAGGCUGAAGAUGAUGGUGAAGUGUCUGACGUCAGUGGUACUGAGCUGUCGGUGCAGGACGAUGACUUGGAAGAAGGGGAACUGCCUGAGGGUGCUGGUGGAGGUGCUGGAGCUGCACGUAAGGCUGCCCAGGUGCCGCGGCCCAUCUGCCGCUUUUUCAACAAAGGGCAGUGCACGUGGGGUUCUUCUUGUCGGUUCAUCCACCCAGGCAUUAACGACCGGGGAAACUACAACAUGUUUGCUACUGUUCCCAAGCCACCACACCACCACAUGCCACCACCAAUUGGAGGACCAGCUGCUGUCAUGCGUGGUGGAGCGCCACCUCCAGAAUUUCUUGGGCCUCCCAUGCCACCACUGCCACCACCGCCAGAAGAAAUGAUGCUGCCACCAGUAGAGUCUGCAUGGGAGCGAGGUCUCCGUCAUGCUAAAGAACUUAUGAAGCGUGCUUCCCGUCGUAAAGAGCAGGAGCCUGACUUUGAGGAGAAGCGGCUCAACAUAGUACCUCCACAUCAUGAUCGGACAGCACUGCAGUCUGAGGUUGACAAAGAAAAUGACUUCUACGGGGGAAGUGGUGCGCCUCCAUCUUCUCGGGGCUUGAGUCCUCCUUAUGUGCGACCUCCAAUGCCACCACCCCCUCCUCACCACCUUCCCAGAGGUGGGCGGAGAGGCGAUGGCCGCAGGGAUGAUUUCUACGGCUUCGAUGAGCCAGAUCCUCUGGAGCACUCGGAACGAGAGGCAAGAGAAUACUGGCGUGGAGGACGCUACGAGAACUUUGAAGUGCGCUGGAGCAAUCGGCAGGAGUUUGACCACAGGGAUCGAAGAGAAAAGGACCGGAGGCCUGGCCGGAGUUAUGAUCGAGAAAAAGGUAGCUAUUCACAUGGCACUCGACCCGACAGACCACACGGAGGUGGCUCCGAAAGGGAACCACGUUGGCGGGAGGAGCGCUUUCAGGAAGCCCCACCUCCACCUGUCAGUCGUUCACGACCUGAUGAGUGGCGGGAUCCCUGGAGGAGGUCAAAGACACCUAAGGGUCGCAGAAGUAGGUCCAGAGGUCGUAAUCGGAGGUCCUUUUCGAACUGUUCCUCAAGGUCAUUUUCAUCCCGGUCAUCAAGGUCAUCCUACAGUUAUUCCCGCAGCUCUUCUUCUCGAAGCUCAUACUCCAGUUACGACAGCCGUUCCAGAUCCCGGUCACCUGCUACUGCAGCUGCUGCUGCUGCUGCACCGGCUGGAAGACCACGUGGCAAUCAGCCCCCAUCAAGGGGACCACCCAUGUAUGGCCCUCCAAGCCAAGUGCCGGGUAAGCAGGGAGGCGGUGGUGCUAGUGGUGGAACCAGUGGUGGAACCGGUGGUGGCACAAGUGGUGGCACAAGUGGUGGCACAAGUGGGGGCACAAGUGGGGGCACAAGUGGUGGCACAAGUGGUGCAAGGUCUCCUGUGCUGGACCGCCGAAAACAGUAUAAUCCCUCACCUCCUCCUAAUACAACUCCUCUAAGUCCUCCCCGCAAGUCCCGGAGGAAAGCACCCAGCCCUCCACCAAGCAAGCAGAAAAAGUCACGGAGUGGUAGCUUCUCUGCAAGCUCCUCACGAUCUCGCAGUCGGCAUACAAUAUUUUCUAAGGGAGGGACACUUGAAACAAAGAAACGUUUCAUGGUCACGUCGAGCUCAUCUCGUACAGCAUCGCAUUCACGGUCACGAAGCUACUCCCGCAGUCCCAGCUUGAACAGCGUCUCUUCAGCUUCAAGUUCACCCAGCCGUCGAAGAAUCCAGGCUUCAUCAGCUGGUGGUGCCAGCAUGCUCCCUUCUAGGAACCCAUCGCCACCAAAGAAAGUGUCUGAGGGAUCCAAAAAACGAAUCGAGAAAGACUCGCUGUCCAAGAACACCCCCAAGAUUCCGUUGCCACCUCCAGCAUCCUUGGAAGUGGCUCAGAGUGGUGUGAUGCCUGGCUACCGGGAGCCGCUGCCUCCGCCCUUGGAUCUUGGUGGCUUUGAGGACGAUUCAGCUCAGCGGCAGGCCCGCGAAGCUGCGCUACGGCAGCAGGGUAUUUCCCAGAAGCCUCAGAUAAAGCUUACCCUCAUUAAAAAGGCACUUCCAUUGGCAUUAGCAAAGAAGGAGGAGCCAGCUGUCAAGAACAAUGGGGACAAAGGUGCCAAGAAACGUCCAGCCUCUCCAAAGUUGGCCUCGUCGCCCUCUCCUCCACCCACUGGUCGUAAAUCGACCACUUUGAGACGUGAGGAACUGUUGAAGCAGCUGAAGGCAGUUGAAGAUGCCAUCGCCCGCAAGCGAGCCAAAUUUAGCUAGCCUUCUGUGACUUCUCCUAUCAAAUCACUCAUUUCUUCCCCACCACCAGUAAUCCUAUGUAAAUAAAUGGAUUCUUCUGUUGCAAUGUCAGAACAGA